AUGAAUGGAAAGAGCGCGUUCCUGGUAGCUGUAAAGAGAGUAAAGUUGUGUUCCCAUUCAGGCGCGACAGCGUUAGUAGGCGCCAUCGUAGUGGCGUCACUGGUUCUCAAUGUGUUCACCUAUAUUCGUAUGAGAGACACUCCAAAGAAGGAAAAAGUCCCUCUUUCUACUAGUCGGUCUCCUCUUACACCAUAUACUACUCUCACUUCUACUAAUCGAAUAGAGACUACAAGUUAUGCAAUAGAGACUACAAGUUAUGGAAAUGUGGAUAAUGUUUUCUGUCCAAACGUCGGAAAUGCUAACAGAACUAAAGAAUGGAAAGAUGCCGCAAAUACACUUUUAUUUGGAUUGGACGAAAGUGUCGAUCCAUGUGAAGAUUUCUACGGUUUUACUUGUAACAAGUUUAUCGAGCGGAUUGACUUAGAUGAACUUGGUAGGGGUCGUUUUACAACGUUUUCUCAAGCACAGCUUGAAGUCAAUUCGGAUAUCGUGAAAGCACUUGAGAAGGUGGACGUCAACGAUGAGAAGUUUUCGCAAACCGAACGGAUCACCAAAGCUGUACGUGAUAACAUUGAUUAUUGGGGAACUGAUAAGACAAAAGCUUUUCAAUCAUGUGUCGAACACACGCUAAAGGACGACAGAAAGGCCAGCGUAAAUGAACUUCUUCAGUAUAUACGUGACCGAUUCGGUGGAAUCCCAUUCCUCGGUCAGCGAGUAAAAGGUGGCUGCGAAUUAUUCAGAGAAUUGGGGCGUGUUGAACAAGAACGAGCUUUGCCAACUUUCAUGUAUACAUGGGUGAAUGUUGACCAUAAAAACGUCUCUAGAAACUCAUAUUAUAUCUCACAGCCUACAUUGCCGAUGCCUCGUGAGUUUUAUGUUCUGCCACAAUUUGCACCUGAACUUGAUGCUCGGACCAAGGCUAUCGAAAAUGUGAUGAAAGCAUUUGCUAGCGAUGUAUUGAAAGAUCCUUCCAAAUAUGAAAAAACGAUCAAGGAUGUAAUCGUUACGAACCCGGCAUAUAUAAGUUUCCUGAACACUCUCCUCAGUCAGACUGAUUUACAGUUAUCGCAAGAACCAUUCGUCAAUUAUAUAAUUGUUCAUAUGCUUUUUGAAGAUGCUGAACAUCUUGGUGAUAAGUAUCUCAGGAUUGUGAAAGAUGCUGACUAUGUCACCUAUGCUCAGAGGAAAGGAGUUGGAAUUUCCAGAUCAGGUCGGAAGUAUUCUCGUGUGUAUGAUGAAAGAACCGAUGCAAGAAUGAAAUGCGUGGACACCAUAACAACAUACAUGCCAUACGGAACAGGGUAUGUUUAUGUAAAAUCAAGAGAAGAUAGGGAUCAAGUGGUGGAGGACGUUAAACAACAAACAGAGCUUAUUAUGAAGGCCUUCCUUGAAAAAAUGUUGUCGACAUUGACAUGGAUGAAAGGAGAGUCUUAUCAGAGAGCCGAAAAGAAAAUCAAAGAAAUGCAUAGAAACUAUGGAUGGCCCAAGGAAUUGUUUGGUGAUUUCAAAAAUUUCGAUACAAUCGACGCUUACCAUAGGAAGGAUUAUUAUCCAAUCCUUGAAGCCUACAAUAACAAAACCGACAAAAGUACAGCAUUCUAUACNACAAUCGACGCUUACCAUAGGAAGGAUUAUUAUCCAAUCCUUGAAGCCUACAAUAACAAAACCGACAAAAGUACAGCAUUCUAUACAAUAUUGAAUCUUCUAAGACAAGGAUAUGAAAAUCGUGAAGCAUUCCGUCGUAAGAAUGAAACGGCUGACAGGACAAACUUCCUUGAAUCACCGGCUUCGGUUAAUGCGUGGUAUGCACCGGAGUUAAAUUCAUUAACGUUACCUUUUGGAAUUUUGACUUCACCCCAUUACAACCUGCAAUUCCCGAAAGCGUUCAAUUUCGCAGGGUCCGGUACAGUCGGUGGUCAUGAACUUGUUCAUGGAUUCGACGACGAAGGUGUUCAAUUCGACUAUGAUGGAAGCCUUGCAAACUGCUCCGUGUAUGAAUGUGGAUGGCUGGAACAAAAGGGUAGAAAUGGAUUCAGAGACAUGGCUCAGUGUGUAGUGACGCAGUACAACGCUCAAUGUUGUCCUGCCAAAGAAGGAAACGUACACUGUGCCAAUGGUGCACAUACACAAGGAGAAAAUAUCGCCGAUCUUGGAGGAUUACAAGCUUCCUACAAUGCAUACAAGGAGUACAUAAAACUGAAGGGAGCUGAAGAAAUGAGACUUCCUGGUCUGGAAAAGUUCACUCCAAAUCAGAUAUUCUGGAUUAGCUACGGCUACUCAUGGUGUGCAAAGGAAACGCAGAGCAGCCUAGUCAAGAGGUUACUGACAAAUCCACAUUCUCCGAAUUCAUGCCGAGUAAAUCAAGUACUACAAGAUAUUCCAUCGUUUGCCAAAGAUUUCCAAUGUGCUCUUGGUCAAAAGAUGUAUCCACCAGCAGAGCAACGUUGUAAGGUGUGGGUAGCGUAA